CCAAUGUGUUUGUGAUACAUCCCUGAUUAAAUAUCGAAGUCCUCCAAGAAGAACACUAACACGGCAACUGUCAAAUGACAAUUGCGUUGGUAAAUUUACGCUAUCGAAGGUGAAAACGGUGAAAUGACAGCAGAAAUAAAACCCGUUCCGGGAGUUAAUCAUGAUAAGUUCAGCACGAAUCGAAAACCCAUCCUCCUUUCGAAAUUAGAAGGCUGCAAUGACGACGUUAAUGCGGCGAUUAUCAUACCGCGGGAAGACGGUGUCAUCAGUGUUUGCGAUGACAGAACUGUGAGAGUAUGGUUGAAACGUGAUUCCGGUCAAUACUGGCCAAGUGUCUGUCAAUAUAUGACGGCAGGAGCCACAGCGAUGGAUUAUUGUGCAGAGACCAGGCAAUUAUUUGUAGGCUUAGAAAACGGUUGCAUAAAUGAGUAUAUAAUAGAAGCGGAUUAUAAUCGAAUGACUGGCAUGAAAGAAGUCCUCGUUCAUCAGGGUCGCGUAACCGGAAUUAUAUUUGCUGCAAGUACCGAAUGGAUCCUCAGCAUCGGACGAGAUAAAGCUUUCCAUCUUCAUUGUUCAGCAACAGGGCGAAAAUUAGGAACGUACCAAACAGAUGCUUGGUACACUGCUAUACAAUUCGAUGCUCAAUCAAAACACGCCUUCGUCGGAGAUUACUCCGGUCAAAUAAAUAUGUUGAAGCUCGAUGAAACUGGUGUCACUUUUAUCACAACUUUGAAAGCCCAUACUGGUAGCAUUCGAUCUUUAGCAUGGGAUUCAGAAAAACAGCUCCUAUUUUCCGGAAGUUUCGACCAAAAUAUUGUUGUCUGGGACAUUGGAGGCAGACAAGGAACUGCCUAUGAGUUGCAAGGCCACCACAAUAAGGUAACGGCCCUUUGCUAUGCUGGUGCUGAAAGAACAUUGUUGUCUGGAGGAGAAGAUGGCGUAAUCGUUUGCUGGGAUAUGGCAGCAAAUAGAAAAGAAACUGCUGCUUGGGUUGAAUCAGACACGUGUCAGGCUUGUGGUCGACCUUUCUUUUGGAAUAUCAAAGCGAUGAUGGACCAACGCCAAUUAGGCUUAAGACAGCAUCAUUGCCGUCAUUGUGGAAAGGCACUUUGCGCUCGUUGCACAUCGCAACGUAUUCCAAUUCCAGUGAUGGGUUUUGAAUUUGAAGUGCGAGUCUGCGACCCUUGUCACAUUGAAAUCAAAGAAGCAAACCAAACUUCCUUAGCAUCUUUUCACGACGCGAAACACAGCAUUAUUGGCAUGGAUUUAGAUGCACCACGUCGAAGGUUAUUGACAAUUGGUCAGGAUCGUGUUAUGAAAAUCUGGGAUAUCUCUGCGCUUCUUCAGUAAGUCAGACUCAUAAUUGAAAGGUGAUAGACUUCAAAUCACAUCGAAAACUACCUGAUUCCUGUCUUGAAGCCUUCUCCGACGACGCGAAUAUUUACAAUUUACAUAUUUGUAUCUUGCAAUCAUAAAUGGCACACAAUGCAAAUAUGAAAUCACCUGAGAAACACGCUGAAGAAAUAGGAAAUAUUUUUUAUGGAUAUUUUCUCUGGUAUGAAGGAUAAGCGGUUAUAAUCUUCUAGAGUUUUAGACGCGUUGAAGAUUCAAUUCGAGAUAGGAAUCUAUUAUCAUAGUAAUUAGGUUAUAUGAAAUGAGUCAUGCUAUAAUAAUUGUGUAUAUACAGUGUCAAUAAUUUCAGUUUUUUUCGCGCCCUUUGCUUGAAUCAAAGACAGUUAUUAAUUUCUCGCGAUUUAAUUAAAGGAUUUUGUAGUCCUAUUAUUAAAGUAAUACUUUUAUCACAAACGAUCUUGAUUUUGUUUUUUAAAUUAAAAAUCUAAAGUGGACUGAAUUAUUUCGACUAGUCGACAUAAAUCAUUGUAGAUCAAUAAAUAGUCAUGAAGCAUUUUUUCAUUUGUUAUUCAAGAAUUUUCUAUUCAAAUAGACACCUGUUAAAAGUACCAAUGGGUACUUUUACAAUGCAAAAUAAGAAAGUAAAACCAUUAAAAAAAUUAUGGAAUCAUAUCAGUAAUCGACUAAAGUGUAAUAAAUACAACAAUCCGUGUUUCUUAGAUGGCUUUAUUUUAUAUCAACUCCUAGUAGUUAUUUUCUUAAAAUUAAAGUAAACAAUUGUGCUCUCAUCUGUCUUGUGCUCGAAUUUAAAUGAACAUUUUUAUUUAUUCGCAGCAAUAGUGUGAUCAAAUGCUUCCACAAAGAAUAUAUUUAUACUUAAACAAUUUUUUUUCAUACUAGAAUGCAAUAUUGCUGCAAUUAGAAACCGAUUUUUGAUUUCUUUUGUGAUACUAGAAAAUCAGUUACUUAAAAUUCUCAUAUAACUUCGUUAUUCUCUUUUUUUUUAAAUCUUUCAAGUUUCUAAACUAUAAGUGCUUUGAAAUUGAUUAAUAUUUAAAUUGUAUCGAUCUUUCAAUCUCUAGCUAUACUUAUUAUUGUGUUGUAUUAAAUUGCGACAGUGGUGCAUUGUUGGUAAAACUUGUAAAUGGAAGUGGAUAUUUGAGGAUUUAUUCAUUCCUGCUUUAAAUUUUGUUUAGAGAAGUUAAUAUUAUGAAGGAGGAAUAAAUAACACACCUGGAAAAGUUCAUAUCAUUUCAACACGAUAUUUGUUUGGUCUUUGGGUGGAAUUGGACCUUAGGAAACUUGCAGAAUUCAAAAAAAAUAUUGGGAGAGAUUUUUCCUAACUAGCAAGAUUAUUUUGUUGAAAUGUAAUUUCCUUGACCAUCUGUCAUCUUGUAUCUAACUUGAAACGAUGUACUCAUGAAAACUGUAUAUUAAGUGAUAUUUACCUAUAUCUAUAGUAAUGCACGUGAUGGCUGUUACUGUUAAGAAAAAUGGCGUUGUUUAAUUUUCUCGACGUGUUAGCAGUUUUAAAUGAUUUAAAUAUGAAAUGUGUUAACAAAUUUUACGAGUUCUUUAGCUGCUGCGU